AUGUUAACUAUUACAAGUAUAUCUUUGAUAUCUGAUCCAAUUACUACAAUUGUAGAGAACACUGAAUAUCCCUCUCAUCUUCAUCAUGCACUUCUUAUUGAUCUUAAACCAGUUCCCAACACGAAUCUUUCCUCAUUUCGAAAUCAUUUACGUCGUAUUUCCAAUGAUCAUAUUGAUAUGAUUAAAUUUCAUGGUGAUACACCAUCGUUAGCAAUAUGGGAAAGUGUUCAAGAUUUCAAACACAUUUCUCAUCUUGAAAUGAUCAGUGGUUUUGAUGAAGUUUGUAAUAUUGCGCCACUUGAUGAAAUCUCUUGUACUCGGAGAUUUCUUUAUUGUUGUGGUUUAAGUUUCCAUUCAAUUUCUCUCGAUGGUCCAAGUCAACUCAAUGAAUUAAUCAUCUUUCUCAAUUAA